CAUUUUAAUCAGACCAUCUGCAGCUGGAACAAGCCUCUCUUUGGGGUCACAAUGACCACUGAAGGCAGGGGAACUUUAGGCCUUAUCCCCAGGAGUGCUGCUUUCCAGAAACUAGAGGGACGCCUGACCGUGAAGCAGGAGCCAGGGAACCAGACUUGGAGUCAGGGCUGCAGUCUCCAAAAGAACCACCCUCCUGUCUGUGAAAUCUUCCGGCUGCACUUCAGGCAAUUAUGUUAUCAUGAGAUGUCUGGGCCACAGGAGGCACUGAGCCGGCUCCGGGAGCUCUGUCACUGGUGGCUGAUGCCAGAGGUACACACCAAGGAGCAGAUCCUGGAGCUGCUGGUGCUGGAGCAGUUCCUGAGCAUCCUGCCUGGGGAGCUCCGGACCUGGGUGCAGCUGCAUCACCCUGAGAGUGGAGAGGAGGCUGUGGCUGUGGUGGAGGAUUUCCAGAGACACCUCAGUGGACCAGGAGAGGUUUCAGCCCCAGCACAGGAACAGGAAAUGCAUUUGGAGGAGACCAUGGCUCUGGGUGCAACAAAGGAAUCUCCUCCUACCUCACCCAUCAAUGGGGGCUCAGCUCCUGGAGCCCACCUGAAGUCUCCUCAUGACCCAGGGGCACACCACCUUUCCAAUGGACACUUUGCUCAACUUGCUUCCCAAGUUCCUGCCCUUCCCCAAGCAGGGAACUCAGGAUACCAAGUAGAGGCAAGUAUACUUCAGAUGGUCAGGCCCCAGGAUACUGCGGCAUAUGAGGACCUAUCUGUGGACUAUACUCAGAAGAAGUGGAAAGGUCCAGCACUCAGUCAGAAAGCUCUAUACCGGAACAUGAUGCCAGAAAAUUACCACAGCAUGGUCUCCUUGGCAGAUGCAAACAUGAUGGAGCAUUCAGUGUUGACUCUGAAGCAGAAAAUGUCUAAAGGAUCAUUGUCAUCUGAUAGGACAUCAGGGGGACUCUUUGGGGUAGCUCCUGGGAAACCAGAGCCUGGAGAUGUCAGUCAAGAUACUUUCAAGAAGCUAGAAGAGGCACCCAUAGAUGAAGAAGGGAGCAGAUUAGAAAGUGAUUUAUUGGAAAUAACAGAAAAGGAUAAGAAAAAAUCCAUAAAAGACAGAUGCAAGGAAAAUAGGGAACAUCCAAAUUUGUCCUCCAGUUCUGUUGAAUAUGAAGGAAUUCUAAAGGGACAGAAAUCCUAUCAGUGUGAUGAGUGUGGCAGAGCUUUCAAUCGUAGUUCACACCUCAUUGGCCAUCAGAGAAUCCACACUGGAGAAAAACCCUAUGAGUGUAAUGAGUGUGGUAAGACCUUCAGGCAGACCUCUCAGCUCAUUGUUCACCUCAGAACUCACACAGGCGAAAAACCCUAUGAAUGCAAGGAGUGUGGAAAGACCUAUCGGCACAGCUCCCAUCUCAUUCAACAUCAGAGACUCCAUAAUGGGGAGAAACCUUAUAAAUGUAAUGAAUGUGCAAAAGCCUUCACUCAGAGUUCCCGACUUAUUGACCACCAGAGAACCCAUACUGGAGAGAAACCUUAUGAAUGCAUUGAGUGUGGAGAGGCAUUUAUUCGGAGUAAAAGUCUUGUCCGACAUCAGGUCCUUCACACUGGUAAGAAGCCUUACAAGUGUGAUGAGUGUGGGAGAGCUUUCUGUUCCAAUAGAAAUCUUAUUGACCAUCAGAGAAUUCACACUGGGGAGAAGCCUUUUGAGUGUCAUGAAUGUGGCAAGGCCUUCAGUCGGAGUAAAUGUCUUAUUCGACAUCAGAGUCUCCACACUGGGGAAAAGCCAUACAAAUGUAGUGAAUGUGGGAAAGCCUUCAAUCAGAACUCUCAACUUGUUGACCAUGAGCGAAUUCAUACUGGAGAAAAACCUUUUGAGUGUAGUGAGUGUGGUAAGGCAUUUGGUCUGAGUAAAUGUCUUAUUCGGCACCAGAGACUUCACACAGGUGAAAAGCCGUAUAAAUGCAAUGAGUGUGGAAAAUCAUUUAAUCAAAACUCACACCUUAUUAUACACCAGAGAAUUCACACUGGUGAGAAACCGUAUGAAUGUAAUCAGUGUGGGAAGGUCUUCAGUUAUAGCUCCAGCCUUAUGGUACAUCAGAGAACCCAUACUGGGGAAAAGCCUUAUAAAUGCAAUGAUUGUGGAAAAGCCUUUAGUGACAGCUCACAGCUUAUUGUGCACCAGAGAGUUCACACUGGAGAGAAACCUUACGAAUGUAGUGAGUGUGGUAAAGCCUUUAGUCAGCGUUCCACUUUCAAUCACCACCAGCGAACUCACAUGGGAGAUAAGCCCUCAGGUCUGGCUCGGUCAGUCUCUUAAGGCACAGUUCUGAGACAAAAAACAAGGACCUUUGAGUUAAGUUUUCUUAUAAGAAGGAUGUCCACCCUGAUUUCUUGGUGCCACUAAUCAUAGUGGAACAUUUCCUACCUGUUUUCCCUGGAGUCACUAAGGUGUGAGAGGGAAUAACUUAGUUCAAUCCUUACCUAUUAUUAGGAAAGUAAGGACUACACAUUUCAUUUACUUAUAGGUUUCCUUUUUCUUUUUUAAUAUUUAAAAUUCUGUCUCAUUUCUUAGUUAUGCAUUCAUAAUUGGCCUGUGUGCUUCUCUAGGACAGGAAAUACCUUCUCUGCUCUACUUCCUCCAUUUCACCAUUUACAUAAAGUCAUUCAGCAAGGCCGAUUCAUGCUUUCUUGCCCUUUGGCUAUGGCCCUCCUUGUCUAUUCUGUAAACUUUACAGCCUCUCAUCACUUAUGUUUCCUGCGUAGAAAACCUUUUCUUCCUUUUUACUAUCUGUUCCUCACAGCCUUCGAAAUCCAUCUCAUCUCUUUAAAACUUUCUUCUAAUACUGCCUUAUUUUUAAAACUUCUAUUGAUUUGACUCAAUGCUUUGAAUUAGGUGGUGCUACAAUGUGCAACUGUUAAAUUGUGUCUACAUAUUUUCAUACCAAUUUUUUGAAGGCUUUUUGAGGUCAGCUAUGUGUCUGUUUCAGCAUAUAGAUAAUACUUUCUACAUACUAGUUAUUAAAUAAAUAAAUUUUAAAAUCUCAA